AUGGCUGACACUUAUCAUAACAAUCUUUGGUCAACAACAUUGGACCAAGUACCAGAUACAGCCCAGCACUUUAUCGAGUGUGACACAGAAUUCUGUAGGAACUUUUCUGAGUUUUACUGCAAUACCUGUCAUCAGCGAAUGUGCGUCCAAUGUGAACAUGUUCAUCGAAAAAAGAACAAAAGCCAUACCAUUAUCCCCUAUCACGAGAGAAAAAGAAAACUUCCUUCUGAAAUAUGUAGGAUCCACCCCACAAAAGAUAUAGAUGUUUACUGUGAGGAUUGCCAGGAUCCUGUCUGUUCUAUGUGCUUUGCGAAAGAUCACAGUGAUCAUGUUUAUAGUGACCUUGAAGCCAUCUACAAUGACACUCUACAUAAAUGUCAAAAGGAAAUAACUGAGAUUUGGAAAACAGUUAUUCCUGAAGCUAAAAAUAAUGUUGAAUCAAUUGGAAAAAAGAGAGAAAAUGUUAUAAAAGAAUUCGCCGAGUUUAGAGUUUCUAUGAAGAAGAGAGCAUAUGAACUGAAGAAGGCCGUUGACAGUAUACUGACUGAUGAUAAUAAAAAACUGGAUGAGAUAGAAAAUUCAGUCCUAAAUGAUAUAGAGGAACAACAAAAGGAAACAGAGAGUUACAUAAAGUACCUGGAAAAAAUAAUUUCAGACUAUGAGAGUAAAAUGUCCUCUAUAAAAUACACUGAACUCAGGAAGUUCCUUUUAGACAAUUCAUCGGCUACCCUGAAGAUGCUUAACAAAGCCACACCCAAACUGCUAAUUUUAACAUUAGGUAAACUAAAUAAACAAGAAAUAGCCAAUCAGUUUGGUGAAAUAGAACUACAAUCAUCUGAAAGGUUUGAGCUUUCUCCUAUCACAAAAGUAAGCGAAGUAACUACCCAGGUAUAUGCUUAUCAUUUGUCUCCUUCGCCCUCCUGGGCCAACAGAUUUUGGGGUAGUGGAUGGUCGGGGAAUCUCAUUCAGUAUGAUAUGGAAGGAAACAUCAGACAGAAAAUACCCAACAGUAUAUCAUAUCUCCAAGGUAACCACACAGUCACAUCGGAGGGAGAACUUCUUUACACAGAUUACCGUAAAAACACUGUAUACAGAGUAACUAGUGACAAGUCCAUCAACAAACUAAUUGAGACAGGGAGCUGGGAACCUGGAGCCAUCUACUCUUCUCCUAUCAAUGGACACAUACUGGUCGGGAUGGGGAAAAAGUCAGACCAGAAAAUAACCAGAUACGACAGAGAAGGAAGAAAGUUACAGGACAUACAAUGGGAUGAUAAAGGACAAAAUCUCUACCAAAGCGUUAACUUUAUCGUGGAGAACAAUAAUAGUGACAUUUGUGUAUCUGACGUGUGUGCCAGAAAAGUAGUGGUGGUCACCGCAUCAGGAGAGUACCGCUUCUCUUACUCUGGUCACCACUCUCAAUCCGGAUUCCGUCCCUAUGGAAUUUGCACAGAUGUUUUAGGACACAUUUUGGUGUGUAAUGGCUACAUGUAUCAAUCAUGUAAUGAGAACUGCUCCAGUGUCCACCUUCUGGACAUAGAUGGUCAUUUCUUGUCUUUCCUUCUCACACCAAAUCAUUUCUUGUCUCUCCUUCUCUCAUCAGAACAAUGUCCUCUACGUCCCUGUGCUUUAUGUAUUGACGAUCAUCACAAUCUCUGGGUCGGGGGAUGGGAAAGUCCUACUGUCUCUGUGUACAAGUAUUUACAGAAAACAGAAAAAAAAUGA